UCAGUAACAACGGCCACGUGGAGAGGGUGCCGUACGUCUUCCUACCGCAACGGGGACAAAUAAUAUAUCCGCACGCGGAGAUUCGUUUCGAAGGUGUGACCACUCCUGUGUGCGGGAUCGCAGGUGCCCAGCAAUUGGGCAGGGCGGGAUGGUCCGAACUGAGGAAUCUGUCCGACGCCGAGCCGCCGUUCAGACUGUUCCGAGACGAGGGCAGGACAUUCCUCCAGUGGAUCGGCGAAGCUGGCUUGCGAGACGCGGCGGAAGGACGAGUCGUGACGGCCAAGCUGGUCUGCAGAGACGCCUCGCCGAAGUCGAUGUAUCCCGGGGUUUUUACGCCCUGCGUGGCCUUCAGGGUGGCCGGUUCGCCGUCGAAGAAUAACGUACGGGAAGUGAUGUUCGCGUCGACGUCGCAAGUCUCUCAAGGUUUGUCAGCCACGGAAUACACGGCGAUCGGCCUCUCUUCCGUGAUCCUGGCCCUCAUAUACGUGGCCAGCGUGUCGUUGUACCUGCACAGCAGAAAAGCGAAGAGAAAAUCCAUCGAGGAGGCGAACGUCACCCUGGACGGCGGUCGGGACGGCGGCGGGUUGGUGAAGAACAAUCCGUUGUUGGCUGCUGCGAGGCACUUCGAGAGCGACACCAACAGCGGGCUUACCGAGAGCGACUUGGGCGACGAUCUACCCCCGAGCGACAACGAGCAGGGCUUCGAAAAUCAGGUUACAUCCGCGAUCGUGCAUCCGCACUGCGUCUAUCUGGAACAAUCGGAAGGGCUGUUCUCCGCGGGUUCUAUUCUGGGCGAGAGGCUGCCGGAAGAGGAUGUACGCGUCGUGGAGACGGCUGACAACCCACAUCAGCAGGAUGUACCGGUUCUCCCAGGUGCUCAACGCAGGAAAUUGUACUUCAAUCCCGCGUACUUCGAUCGACAGUUACUGCUGGCCCCACCUCCGGCUGCCAUCGAGUUCCUGCUCAAAAUCCGAGAAGUCAUCUCCAUCGCCAAGCACAAGAUGGCAGCGAAGAGAUUCGUUCCCACUCUCAUCGGUAUCCCGGAAGAGGAGAGCGGCUCGGAGCGCUGCGAGUCGGCCAAGUCGAGCAAGCAUCAGCAGAGGACCACUCCGAGCUCAGUCCAAGGCUCGGCUGCGAAGUCGCGGCGGUCUCAACGAUGCACCGGCUGCCCCGGCUGCAGCGAUUCGUCCAGACUGCAACUCCCCGCGUUGCCCGCGCUCGACCUGCCCAGCCACGGUGAGAGCAAAGUGCGCGCCUGGCUGGAGGACGUCCGCCCGCCGCAACGCCGUUGGAGGGACGCCGAGGACACGCGCAGGAAUUUCCAGGAGAACGCCAAGUCGUUCGCCAGGAACCUGGAGUACCUGAAGGAGCUCGCGAGACGCGACUUCGCCGAGCCGGACGGCGCGAGCCUAGCCGGCAAGUCCGUGUCCUCAUGGAGGGAGAACCCGCCGAUGCUGAGGACCUUCCAGAAUAUCGCCAGGAGCGAGAUCCUGGAGAACGACGAUCGCUACAGCGUGGCCAGACGCUCGACCAAGUCCAUGUUCGAGGAAUCCGAGUACGACCGUCACGGCCGUGGCAAGAAAGACAGGUCGACGUACCAAUUCGCUGGCGAUGACGCCAUCAACGCAAAAGUGCGCAAGGCCAUCGAGAACUCAUUCAUCAAGCAGAUGGAGGAGAGCGCAGCCAUGGAGAAAGAGAAGGACCGCGACCGCGACACCGCGAAGGACGACAACAAGAACAGCAAGAGCGAGAGUGAGGAGGAGACGCGAGAGAAGAAGCAGCCGGAAACGAAGGAAACGGAGGACACGCCGGAGAAGAUCCAAACGACUCAGCCGACGAACUCGGCGCCGAAGAGGUCGAAGAAGCCGAAGGCGCCGAGCGCGCCGUCGUUGACGAAGAAGGAGCUGCCGGACAUGAUCAACGAGCUGCCGGGCGCGAAGAACACGGCCAAGCGCAUCAUGGACGCGGUGAUACGCGAGAUGGUGGACGUGAAGGCGUUGGACCAGCACAGCCGGGCUUCGCCGGCGAUCGCUGACUACGAGGUCGACAGUCUGGAGCGCUCCAAGUGCAGCAGGAAAUCGUCGACGUCGCCGGAGUCGACGGACCAGUCGAGUCCGGCGCUGUCGACGGCGUUGCCGAUGGACGAGGAGCUGACGAUGCAGAACGCCGUCAUCAACACGCGCACCGGCGAGAUGACCAUGUCGAAGCUCGACCAGCAGAUCCUGCUCGAGAAGAACUACUACAACAGCCUGCCGGAGCUGGUGACGCAGAGGUCCGAGAUGUACUCGCUGGUGAGCGAAGUCUACGUGAACGACGGCUACACCAGCCGACCCGCUAGCCCGGCCUGCAGCGACUCGUCCGGCCCGGAGAUCCAGUACGAGCCGGAGAACCCGGGCCACUUGACGAUCAAAGUGCAGGACUCGCCGGAGAACUACGUGAAGCUCGACGAGUCCGAGUACGAGCCCGACACGUUGGACAGGAAGCCGAUGAAGUUGCGCAUCAACGAGGACGUGCAGUACGGAGAGCGGGAGAUCGAGGCCAACGAGAUCUACGUGGACUCGUUGGAGAGGCCAGCGCAGAUCUUGCUGAGGAGCAAGGGCAGCUUCCGCGACGACAACUCCGCGCAACGCAGGUCUCAGCGCGCCCACGGAGGAGGCGGUAGCCUGCGCGAGAUCUACGAGGCGAAGAUCAGGUCGAGCCAGAGGGACUCGCGCUCGCCGGCGACGGCGGCGACGACGACGACAGUGACGAGCGGCGGGCCCGAGGAGAACACGCUCUCGUGGAAGAAAUGCCGCUACCUGACUCCGGACAGCAGGCAAGCGAAAAGACAACGGCAGCCGUACAAUCGGCCGGACGUGGUGCCGCCACCGCCUACGGAGGAGGAGAUCUACCAGCGACCGAAGCCGCCGAGGCGCGUCGACGACGACGCGAAGCGGCCGGCGUCGCCGGCAAAAAACGCGUGGGACAGGAGUCCUGUCGAAGCGGGUGACCCUACGGCCAGCAACGGCGCUCCUGUCCCGAACGACGGAUACCAUCAUGUAGGGAACGGGAGCUGUCUCUGCGGCGAGCACUCUCGCGCCGUGGAGUCGCCGUGUUCGGCCAAGUAUGACCUCUACCACGAGCGCCAGCAGCACGUGGACGUCGUCGCCAAGAGCGGCGCGACGCUCUCCCACGAGAGGACCACUUCCGAGCGUACGGUGAGCAACGGCUGCAGGGACUGCCCGUGCGAGACGCGGAUCGAGAUCGGCUUCUACAGGGACGUCGAGGACGCUGAGGAGGACGCGUCGUCGAGGGUCGUGCGGGAGAAGCGACCUGUCGCCGGGAAUGCCUCGCACAGGAGCUCCGUCAAGACGCGGUCGUCGUGGGGCAACGUCGGUCAUCAGCGGGAAGACGAGGACAGGCUGAUCGACGACGCUCAUGGCCGCGCGGUCGUCCCUGGUCUGGACAGGCAAGAGUGCCAGAAGAAGAGCGCGGGCUACGGCAAGGCGCAGGGCUGCUCCAGGACGCGGCAGUCGGUGAAGGGAGGCUCACGAGGCUGCGACUCCGCCGACAACGCGAUGCUGCCGCUGAUGGCGGCCGCGGAUAAUCGGCGGCGGCGGGGUGCGAAGGUCGAGGAUAGCGGCUACCUCAGUAGCACCGACAGCAACGGCUCGCACAAACGGCUGCUGAGGCACGAGGUGAGCAGCGUGUCCGAGACCGACGAGACCGAGUCGGUGUGCGACGGCGCCAGCGAGAGCGGCGCCGAGAGCAUCGGCACCGACAGCGUGUUCUUCGGCAAUUUCCGCAGGCUCUCCGAGAUCUCCAAGAGCGCCGACUCGGGCCUCGACCUCGGCGCGAGGGCAACGUCGUACUAUCAGCCGGCAUCUGCCGUCUUCCCAGAGAGAAGCAACUUCAGCAACAGCGACAGCGAGACCGAGAGCUUGGUCACCGUGUUGCCGCCCUGCGGCAAUCGCUGCCGUAAUUUAGUGGCGUGAGAGAGAGAGAGAGAGAGAGAGAGAGAGAGAGAGAGAGAGAGAGAGAGAGAGAAAGAAGACGGCUUGUUUCUCGUCGUUUCGUUACGGCUGCUCAUGGUGGCUGUAAGUUGUUGUUACUCAUGCGAAUGUUAAAAAGUCGCGAAAGGAAACUCAGAACGUAGGAUCUUCCUGCAUUCGAAUCUUCCUCCGGAUUAUUUCCCCUGCUCGCGUUCUGUCUCUCGUCCCGAAUAAUCGCGCGUUUGUAACUCCAAACUUAAAUCAAAACGAGAGGAAACAUGUAUUUGCACUUAAUUCGGAACAUUUAUGCUCGCCAUCUCUGAGUUUACGACAUUUCGCUAUCUCAAAAUUAAUUACUCUGCUCAAAGUUCUGGACGUUCCGACAUUAUAUCGGUUAUUAUACGUUCAGUCGUUCGUACGACGACAACCAAUAUGUGUUCGCGUCGUAUUAACGGUAGAGAAUUAACGCAAAGUGCUUCUUUUAGAACAUAAGCGGAAAUCAAAAAGGAUUUGCCAUUGUACGGUAGAUAGAAUAUCCGAUAUCGAUGAUUUGUGAUUGGUAUUCGUUGCGACAAAAAAAAGAAAGAAAUGCACUUUUGCUCACCGGUUGGCGGUGCUGUUACGCUUUCGAGGAUAAAUCUUGAAGGACUGAAAUUGAAUGACAAUUUUAUCAGAAGUGUAAACUUUUCCAACGAACAGGCACGUCGUGUAAAUCCUAUAUAUUUUUCUAAGAAAAUUUCGAAGCCAGUAUAAGGGGAAAGAAGUAACUUACCACUUAACAUAUCUCGCGAUUAGUUUGAUUAAUAUUACGAUUAAUAUUACGAUUAAAUACGAAGCGCUACGCGCUGAGAAGUUCAUUAAGCGGGUAAUUAAUAACGACUAUAUCCUUUUUCCUCACUUCACGAGAGUGACAAAUGAGUCUAUAUGCAUCUGU